ACAGCUGAUGGGAUUCUUAUAAAGUCUAGUAGUCUAAAACAUACAAGUUUCUUCAAGGAAAGAGUGAUUACCAGUAAAUCAAAUGUUAGCCACAGCACACAUAUCCAAUUUGGAUAUGUGAGAUUACAAUCUGUUUACACAAUUAUAUUUGCAAUCUAUUUUUCUAUUGAACACCAAUUACAAACUAUUUACUUUGAACUAUUAUAAUAAUAAUAAUAAUAAUCUGUUCUUACAAAGAACUACAACUCCCAUGAGCUUUGUUGUGCUCCGUCAUCGACGUGCGACUCUCAAACAGUGACGUAGAACUCAACCGUCGGGAGAAGUUUGAAAAUAAACGUGAAACUUUUCCACCUGAAACGUUUCCCGUCAUCUUUUAUGUUUUUGGGCAUAUUUUUGCUCCAUAAGUUUAUUUUUCACAUACGACAAUAACAGACAUCCGUUGAAGAGAAAGAAAAGUCGUAAUCGGGCAGCCAUGGAGGCCUCAGACGAGGAGGCUGCAGACGCCGUUAGUGCAGCGCUCUCCUCGGCUUUGGCCAGCGCUGUGUCCGCCGCAAUGACCGUGGCUCUGGCCGAAGACGCCAGGAGAGAGCUCGCUGACCUCAUUGACCACUGGGAGGACAUCCAGAGUGGAUCUACAGAGGAGCUGGUCUCCACGCUCACCAAAAUGUCUGAGGUGAUUGAACGAGAGACAAGAGAAUAUCACAAAGGAGACCCCGACCCAUUUGAUGACAGACAUCCAGGACGGGCAGAUCCAGUGUGCACUUUAGGACAACUGCUAAAAACAAUAUUUGCAAAUGAAGAUCUGACUAAUGCACUGCUGGACACGUACAUCUUAAACAGCACAGAGAUCAGCCUCAACACAGCAGCGUGUCGUCUUCUUCAAAACAUUGUCCCGGGGUUAGAAACAAGUGCUGUCUUUCAAGAGAAGGAGGGUUUGAUAGAGAAGCUGUUCACAUGGGCACGUGAAGCAGAGAGGCCCCUUGGUGUCUAUGCCACAGGACUGCUGGGGCGAGCUAUGAGCAGCCAGGAUGUGGCACCCAGCUACAAAGAUGAGAACUCUCAGCUGGUUCCGCUCGUGCUCAGCCGUCUGCGUGAACUACAGAAAGAAGAGGCCAACAGCCAACCCGCCCAAUCCAGUGAUCUACCUCAAGACUCUCCGACUGAAGACCCACAGACAUCAGGCCAGACGCCAUCUUUGAAAGAGGAAAGCAACGGAAAAUCCAAAACUACCUUCAGUUCCCCACAGAAAAACACCAACGGUGGCGGCAGUAGCAGCAGCAGUAGCAGUGGAGUGAAUAACUGUGCAAUGUCAAAACAACUAUUCCCAAACUCUGCGAAUGAAACGAGUCCAGACAAUUUAGACGUGCCGUCAACAGGGAGAAAACGGAAAUACGAAAACGGAAACGAAAAAGGAAAGCUUAUACGGAAAUCAAAUGAUAAGUCAUCCGAGCCAGAAGAGGAGACAGAGACGAGAGAGGAAGCAGGGCCGGCCACAAACGGCGCUUCCUGGUCUGAAAUGAGCUCCAUGGUGAUUGGCUCAGAGUACAGCCUCUCACCUUUGACCCCUGCGAUGGAGCAGAGACUGAUCCUGCAGUAUCUGACGCCACUGGGGGACUACCAAGAGUUACUGGCCAUCUUCAUGCAGAUGGAAACCCGAACUUUACUCAUGAACUACAUCGACCUCAGGCAGACCAAGAACGUUCAGCUCACCUUCGAUGCUCUGCUGUUCCUUGCCUCUCUUUUGCUUCAUAAGAAGUUUGCUGGCGAGUUCAUUCUUCACGGAGGCGUCCAAAAACUGCUGGAGAUCCCACGGCCCUCUAUGGCAGCGACCGGAGUCUCCCUGUGUCUCUACUAUCUGGCCUACAACCAGGAUUCUAUGGAGAGGGUGUGCAUGCUUCCCGGCGGUGUACUUUCUGAGGUGGUGUCGUAUGCUUUGUGGUUACUGGAGUCCUCCCAUUCGUCUGGAGUUUGCCACGCCACCAUGUUCUUCUCCAUCUCCUUCUCCUUCAGGGCCGUGCUCCACCUCUUUGACCAGAAGGAUGGACUACGGCGCCUUGUUAACCUGAUCAGCACGCUGGAGAUCCUCAACUCUGAUAACAGUCUGUCAGUAAUGAUAGAUGACGAAGUGUUUUCAGGUCGCCAAACGGCCAAACACACCUCUAUGGCUCUGCGCAGGUACUUUGAGGCUCAUCUGGCAGUGAAGGCUGAACAAGUGAAACAGCAGACCUCAGACAUUGUUCCUCAGCAGCCGUUUUAUAAAGCGUACACAUACACCAGGGAGCAGGUGGUGGAGUUGAUGGAGUUCCUGAUAGAGAGUGGACCUCCUCAUCUUCACUGGGAGCCCGUGGAGGUCUUCUACAAACUCUCCUGUGUUCCUCUGAUGUUACAGCUGAUUUCCGCUGCGUGUGACUGGAGAAACUACAGUGGCAGGGGUGAUGUGGUACGUUAUGUGCUGGACGUCCUGGCCAUUCUGACUGUGGUCCCCAAAGUGCAGCUGGUGCUCGCUGAGACUGUGGAGGUGGAGGAUGAGAGCAGGUCCACUGUCACCACUGUGGGCAUGAGCAUCAUUUUGAGAGUUGCAGAAGGCGAGGUGUUUGUGAACGAUGCAGAGAUACAGAAGUCUGCGUUACAGGUGAUCAUAAACUGUGUGUGUGCUCCGGACCAGAGUCAUGCUGUUGCGGCAUUUCCCAUCAGCCCCCUCAGAACCUCCGUCUCCCAGCACCCCACCUCCCCCCACAACAGGGUCCUGGCCCAUAUGUGGCAGGUGGUGCAAAACAACAAUGGCAUAAAGGUGCUGCUCUCUCUGCUCUCUGUAAAAGUGCCCAUAACUGAUGCAGACUUGAUCCGAACUCUGGCCUGUAAAGCUUUGGUAGGACUGUCCCGGAGCUCUGCGGUCCGGCAGAUCAUCGGAAAACUGCCCCUCUUCUCCAGCGGACAGAUACAGCAGCUGAUGAAAGAGCCAGUGCUGCAGGACAAGCGCAGUGAGCACGUGCGUUUCUGCCGUUACGCCAUGGAGCUGACGGAGAGGGUCUCAGGAAAACCCCUUCUCAUGGGCACCGACGUGUCCCUGUCGCGCCUGCAGAGGGCCAACGUGGUGGCACAGACGCGCAUCGCCUUUUCGGAGAAGGAACUGCUCGUGCUCAUCAGGAACCACCUCAUGAGCAAAGGUCUCCACGACACCGCCAACCUGCUGGUGAAAGAAGCCAAUCUGAACAUGGGACUCCUCUGCCCAAACGCCUCCACAGUCACCCCUACGUCUGUAUGCCCCGUGAUGCCAAGGACCCACAGCUCAAUCAUCCGUACUUCCAGAUUCCCCGACGGGCAUCUUGGAUCUUCUCCUACAGUGACCCAGACUCUCCCAGCCCCCUCCACCCCCUGCUCCUCGCGCUCCGCACAGGGGUCCCAUGCAUCAUCAUCUCAUCACCAGCACGCUCCAAACACUACGCCGCACGCUCAGGGGUCAUCCAGGGUCGGACGGAUUCUGUUUACUCGAGAGCGCCCCCUGCCUCCGUGCAUGUCAGGGAAGAAACUCAAACCUCUGAAGCAGAAGUCAGAUCAUGGAGCUUUUAUACAAACCCCAGCCAUGAAGAAACAGUUUGAGCGGCACCUGCCCUCCCCUCCCUCCCUGGACAAUAUCAUAACUGAGUAUCUGAGAGAACAACACGCUCGCUGUCCUAACCCGGUCACCACCUGCCCCCCCUUCUCCCUCUUUGCCCCUCACCGCUGCCCCGAGUCUAAGCAGCGCAGACAGGCUUCACCCAACUUCACCGCCCGCUUGGGGAGCAGGGUGCUAUAUCCCAAAUACGGAGGAGUGGACAGAGGCUCUCUCGAUAGGCAACUCAUAUUUAGCAGAUUUCGUCCCAUGUCAGUUUUCCACGAGGGUCCUGGAGAUGAGAGCGACUUCACGUGUUGUGCGUUUUCGGCCCGCGAGCGUUUCCUCAUGUUGGGGACGUGUUCGGGGCAUCUGAAAUUCUUUAACGUGUUCACAGGAGAAGAGGCGGCCAACUAUACCUGCCACACCUCCGCCAUCACCCACCUCGAACCAUCCAGGGAUGGGAAGUUGCUGCUGACCUCUGCGUCCUGGAGUGUUCCUUUGUCUGCCCUCUGGAGUCUUGAUGGAGUCUUCACUCUCAAAAGCUCGUUUGUGGACGACCACUACGUAGAGUUCAGUAAGCUCUCUCAGGACCGGGUCAUCGGCACUCACGAUCAUGUUGCCAAUAUCUACGACAUCCAGACUGGGCAGAAGAUCACGACCCUGUACGACGCGGCGCUCUCCAAUAACUACAAGAGGAACUGUGCCACGUUUAACCCUUCGGACGACCUGGCGCUGAACGACGGCGUGCUGUGGGACGUGCGCGCCGCCAGAGCCAUUCACAAGUUUGACAAGUUCAACACCAACAUCAGCGGCGUGUUUCAUCCCAGCGCCCUCGAAGUCAUCAUCAAUACAGAGAUCUGGGACCUCAGGACUUUCCACUUGUUGCAUACUGUCCCAGCCUUAGACCAGUGUCGUCUUGUGUUCAACAGCAACGGCACAAUAAUCUACGGAGCCAUGCUCCAGGCCGAUGAUGACGACGACUCCGUAGACCAGCAGAUGAAAAGUCCCUUUGGUUCCUCCUUCAGGACAUUUGAUGCCACAGACUACAAGCCUAUCACCACUGUGGAUGUGAAGAGGAACAUUUUUGACCUGUGCACUGACAGUAAAGAUUGCUAUUUAGCUAUUAUUGAGAAUCUGGAUGGCAUGAGUCUGGACACAGUUUGUCGAUUGUAUGAAGUUGGGCGACAGAAGCUGGCCGAGGAGGGUGAUGAUGAGGAGGAGGAGGAGCAUGAUGCAGACUCAGACUCAGACUCUUCUGACGACGAUGACGACGACGACAUAGACACCGACCCUCUGAUCGAAGAACUGGCCGGAGACGACAACCCCGAGAACGACGAGCAGCCGGGGACCCCCACCGAGCAGGAGAUUGCUCGUCUCCUGGGUUACGACGAAGACGAGGAGGACGGUGAGGGCGGCGACAGGGAUAACGAUGACAACGAAGACGAUAACGAAGAUAACGAGGACGACGACAGCGACGACUCCAACGUCAACUCCGACCUCAACCUGUCAUCUGAGGAGGACGACAUUUAUGACUGGCUAUAGUGUACGCCAAAGGAAGUAUGAAUAACAGUCUCCUCAGAACUUAACACGGACUCACAACUGUAACAGCUGAACCAAACAAAGUUCUUUGAGUUUCAUAUUCAUGUGCAUAAAUCUCCACAGACGGCACUCGGCUUGUUUUCUAAAAAGGGUCAAUAAUACAGGUGUGAGAGAAAAGAAGAUGUUUAAUAAAUAUAUAUAUACUGCAGAUCAUGCCAUCGCAGUCCACAGUUAUGAUGUGACAGGGACACAAACAAACUGAGAAAAAAUAUCUUGUGCAACAGUGAAGCGUUUUUGUUUGUACUGCGAUAAUCAGGCGAGUUGUGAAUACAUGAAUCUCUUUGUAUGUUCAUAUGAAGGGAUUAGAGAUAUGAAUAAAAUCUGAACUUGUAUUUAAAUUAGUCACGGGAAUUGUGUAAAUAUUGAUUUCAAAUGUUUUACUUUCCUGUUCAAGAUCACCACUUUUGUAAGUGUCAUAGUUUUUGUCAAUGGGCCUCAUCGUCCCUUAGGUCAGAUCUGGACUACAGCCAUACUGUACAUAAUGCAUUGUUUAAUGUUGCCUGAACAUUAGAGUUUGAAUAAGAUGAUCAUAAUAUUUAUGAUGCUCUCUUCUGUCCUCUUUGCUUUACGGUCUGUGGUUGCCACGGUGACAUAAAAUGCCUGUUUGAUCAUUAGAGUUGAUCAUUGGGGAUCAGUUUGAGACGCCCUUGUCGGGGCUUUGUCUUUGGCUUGUGUUUAGGACAUGGUACAGAAGAACAGUGUGCUGAGUUAUGCAUGCAAAAAUGUAGGUCCCAAAAAUUCUGGCCAAUUAAACCUGAAGUGCAGUUCCACCUUGUCAGUCAUUUUCCACUUAUAAAAAGCCUUUUGGUUUUAUUUUAUUUUAUUGUGUACUUGACCGUGGUCCCUGUUUCCAGAUGUUUAAAUUCCAGCACAUUAAAUCCACAUGUGAACGUGUCCUCUGGUGUCUCAGGAGGACCGCUCUUCUACGCCCUCGUCUCCGUAGGAUUUUGUUUGUAAUUUGUUCAGAACUUUAGUUUUGACGUAAGUGACAUUAACUUCCUUUUCUUCGUAAACUGUAAAAAUAACUUCAGGGAAAUGUCAAUUUCAAAAGUGGCGUUUGUAGUUUUUGUACCAACAUUAUGCCAAUAAAAGACUGACCUUACA